AUUGCCUUGGACUUUGACUCGCGGCAGUCAAUUGUUCUGAUUUCCUCGUCGGCUCAUCCUUUCCCCGAACCCCUCGUCAGAGUCUCGCCAUGCGCUCGACCCACCUCGUCGACGGCGACCUUGCUUCGGCCUCGGCGAUGGGAGGCCACUCCGACCGUCUGUUCAGGGCGCUGGCUGUCGCUUCCCUCUACAUUCUUAUCCGCCGGUGGCGCGCCUUUGGGGUCGGCCUCAGCGAGCGGCCGGCGCCGGCGGAGAUCGCUGCCGUGGCUGCGCUCUGCACCUCCGUGGCGUGGCUGUACGUUCUCCCAGCCCUUGGUCUCCGCCGGAGCACGCACCGACGUCGGCACCAAGAUUAGUUGACAAGUGGCUGUUGUUGCGUUGCUGGUAACCAUCCCUAUUCUCCCUCUUUUUUAAGGUUUGGAUUUGGAAUCCAAUUUGUCAAACACAGCCCGAGGAAAUGUAUGUGUAAGUACGGAUACGAAUGGUUGAAAUAUUAGUCACUAAGAAUGAUCAUGUAAGUACGGAUCUAACGGUCCAGUUCAAGAUUGGGCUGAUCCCAACUGUUCAAUGAUUUACUGGUUCAUAUGUCAGUGUAUAGACAUGGUAACCUCAAACCAGUUACCUGUAUGGUCACCAGUGACUGGACAAAGAGAAUUUCUCAAGGUUGUUUGUUAAUCUCCUGCUUUUCUUCAA